UCUUGCCAUUCUGAGAAUUUUUAUAUAUAUAUAUAUAUAUCUAUAUAUUAAGAUGAGUACAAAACAUACCGAAGAGGACGAUGAUUCUUCUCAUCUAAUUAUACCUAACAAAGAUAGAAGGAAACAGAAGAGUUCUCAUGAUGACAAGGAUUCGGCUCCAUCUCCAAAGCCUCCUGAUUCAGAUUCUCGGGAGAGUGCUCCGUCCAAGUCCCCACGGCCAUCACCACUGCCACUGCCGCCUCAGUUGAAACCAUCAAUAUUAUCACCGCCUUGGCUAAAACUUCCCCCACCGUUUAUGUCGCCACCACCAUCUAAAUAUUUAAGUCCACCACCAUCACCGCAACCGCCACCUCUACCAUUACCAUCACCAUCACUGCGACCACCCUCACCAUUGCCGCCAUCACCACCACCACCCUCAUUGCCACCACCUUCAUCGCCACCGCCACCACCGCCACAAUCACAAUCAGUGCCGUUGCGCAAUGGCAAUCCUUCUCCUCCUCCUCCUCCUCCUUAUUAUCCACGUAAACAGUGGCCACCACCGUUGCAACCAUUAUCGUCGCCACCACAAUUCCGUGCUCCACCUCCCCCUGAUAGACCUUCUUCGCGGCGUAAUGCACCCUCCAAUGAUUCAACCCAGGGAACCUCUGAGAAGUCACGAUCAGGUCACCAUAAGCAUGGUGUUGCUUCCCAUACAAACUCAACAGGUUCUUCUCCCAAUCAAACCUCUUCUGGUGAUAAUUCAGGAAAAUAUGUUGGUUACACACUCGCUGGGAUUUUUGCUGUUGCCUUGGUUGCUGUAGCUGUAGCUCUUGUUUUCGUGUUUAAGAAGAAAAAAUCAAGAAGGGAUGCCUAUACUACACCCUAUAUGCCACCCUUUAAAAUUCAUGUAAAAUCAGGUAAAUCAUUUGUAGUCAUUUUUCGUACUUAG